AUGGAGGGUAAUGAGAGCAACCAAGGAAUGUCAAACUUGUGUAAAGCUGGAUGUGGAUUCUAUGGUAGUUCAUCAAAUGACGGACUUUGUUCACUGUGCUUCAAAAAUAAACUCAGAAAAAGUCUUCAGUUCCAAGACACACAAUCUGCUGGUGCUACUAACAACCAUCCAACUUCUUCAUCUUCCUCCUCGAAUCAUCCUGGCGAUGAAACCCCAUUGAAUACUACAGAUCAAAUGCAGGAAACUGGAGCAGCAUCCAAUUUUUUCAAUGUGGUAUCCAGUUAUACAGGAGAUAGUGGUAUCGAUAAUGAUAUUGGAUCAACAUCAUCAUCAUCACAGCAUCAACAACAUGCAUGUUCAACAUCUAGCCUAAGUGACAUUAAGAAAGAAAAUCACUCCAGUGGAGUGAUUGAAGGAAGUAAAAGUGAAGAGAAAGUAAAUGACCAGAUCAAAACGUUGGACAUCAAUGAUACUAGGUCGUUGAAUGCUGUCUGCAGUGAAGCAGUUGGCAGCGAAACUUCAGCAAGAAAAAGUAACGAGACAAAAAGAAACAAAUGUAAUAUUUGUAAGAAGAAAGUGGGACUAACAGGAUUUGGUUGCCGUUGUGGUGGUUUAUUCUGUGGACUGCAUCGAUACUCGGACACGCACGCAUGCACCUUCGACUACAAAGAACAAGGACAGAAGGAGAUCACAAAAAACAACCCCCGAGUUGCUUAUGAAAAAAUUUCUAAGAUAUAA